AUAUAUAUAUAUAUAUAUAUAUACAAUUCAUUGUCGUCGUCAUCAUCAUGAUCCUUCUUCAUUAGUCAUUUACUUUCCUCUCUCUUUCAUCUUUCAGAUCCAGAGAGAGAGAAAGAGAACAAAACAUGAAGCUUUAUUCUGUUUCCAUCAUCAUCUUCGUCUUAAUUGCUCUCUCCACCAUAGUUAAUGCUCAACAAGCUGCUACAGAUUCCUGCAACUCAACUCUACCUCUCAACGACCUCACCUUCAACACCAGCCUCCUUCAAUGCACCGAAGCUUGGACUCCCCAAAAUUUCAUCCUCCGAUAUGCAAGAACGGCAGAGAACACAUGGAGCUUUAUCUUAUCGGCGCCGGAUUCAAGCGCUUUCAUCGGGAUCGGAUUCUCUACCAACGGUCAGAUGAUCGGAAGCAGCGCGAUCGUUGGUUGGAUACCUUCCGACGGCGGUUCCGGGACUGUGAAACCGUACUUGCUCGGUGGGAAAUCUCCCGGAGAGGUUAAUCCUGACCAAGGAGAUCUAACGAUCGUCAACGGCUCGUUGAAGAUCGAAUCAGUGUCGUCGCGUCUUUACAUGAGAUUUCAAUUGACGGCGACGCUGCCGCGGCAGAGUCUUCUUUACGCUGUGGGACCUGCCGGAUUCUUCCCAUCUUCGCCGGAUUUUAGGUUGAGAGAGCACCGCUUCGUGACCACCACGACCAUCAAUUAUAAUACAGGUUCGCAAAGUGUGGUUAAAGUUUCACCACACUCUAAGCUAAAGAAGACACAUGGGCUAAUGAACAUGUUCGGCUGGGGAAUAUUGAUUAUCGUUGGCGCCAUAGUGGCUCGACAUAUGAAGCAAUGGGACCCCACUUGGUUCUAUGCCCAUAUCGCUCUCCAAACCACUGGUUUUCUCCUCGGUUUAACUGGUGUCAUUUGCGGUUUGGUUCUUGAAAACCGGCUCAAGGCCAAUAAUGUUUCCAAGCACAAAGGCCUCGGGAUAACCAUACUUGUCAUGGGCGUUCUUCAGAUGCUGGCAUUGCUAGCUCGGCCGGAUAAGCAAUCGAAAUACAGAAAAUAUUGGAAUUGGUAUCAUCAUAACAUAGGAAGACUUCUGAUCAUACUGGCUAUUUCUAACAUCUUCUACGGUAUUCAUUUGGCUAAAGCUGGAACUAGUUGGAAUGGUGGUUACGGUUUUGCGGUCGCGGUCUUGGCCUUGACGGCUAUUGGAUUAGAAGUUAGAAAGUUCUUGAAAAAGUAACUUUUAUUUAAAUGAUCUCUCUUUAUUGUCUUGCAACCAUAUUUAUCUUGGUUAGGACAGUGUGAUGUAUUGAACAUGUUAUUGACUAAUCAUUUGAAUGAUAUGUUUUUUUUUUUUUUUGAAGGUCUAUUUGUUGAUACAAGAAUUAAUUUGUGU